ACUGGAGAUCCAUCCGGGCUCGGAUCACCUCUCUUGCUGGUGAGUAGCCCUAUGCUUGGAUGGGUUGUCUAAGAGUAGUGACCCUGUUCCUUUGCUGUGAUUGUGAGCAAAUAAAUCCAGUCCGGGGUGGAGCUCCCGCACGCCCGCGUGUCCGCGGCGGCGGCGCUUGCCCGCGCGGCCGCUGGGGUGGAGCUCCGGACGCCCGCGUGUUCGCGGCGGCCGACCUCCCGCACGCCCGCGCAUCCGCCUGUUUCUUCUAAUUUCCGACAAGAACCGCAUGUGGGCGAAGCAAAUCGGCGAGGAAUUCAUUUCGAACUGCGUGAUUUCUGGAAGACGGGGAGCCUAUCCGGAGGGUUCUUUGACGGAAAUCUCCUCCUCGCCGUUGCCAGGAACGGAGUUGUGCCAGCUUGAAGUUCAUAGCGGCUGCCAGGAAUGGAGGUACAUUUGGGAGAAUGGGGGUUUAUCUUAGCACUCCAAAAACUGAGAAGCUAUCUGAAGAUGGUGAAAAUGAUAAGCUUAAAUUUGGCCUUUCAUCUAUGCAAGGAUGGCGUGCAACUAUGGAAGAUGCUCACUCGGCUUUGCUAGAUCUUGAUAAUGACACUGCCUUCUUUGGCGUUUUUGAUGGACAUGGAGGAAAAGUAGUUGCCAAGUUCUGUGCAAAAUAUCUACACAGAGAAGUUCUAAACACUGAGGCCUAUGCAGCUGGUGACCUGGGUGUUGCUGUCCACAGAGCUUUCUUCAGAAUGGACGAGAUGAUGCAAGGUCAAAGAGGAUGGCGGGAACUUCAAGCACUUGGAGAUAAGAUAAAUCAGUUUACUGGCAUAAUAGAAGGCCUGAUUUGGUCCCCUAAAGGAAGUGAUUCAAACGAUAGACGUGAUGAUUGGGCUUUUGAGGAGGGACCACAUUCUGAUUUUACUGGGCCAAAUUGUGGGAGUACAGCCUGUGUAGCAUUAAUCAGGAAUAGGCAACUCAUUGUGGCAAAUGCUGGUGAUUCGCGCUGUGUCAUCUCAAGGAAUGGCCAGGCAUACAAUUUGUCCAGAGACCAUAAACCAGAGCUUGAGGCAGAGAGAGAAAGGAUACAAAAUGCAGGGGGUUACAUCCAAAUGGGGCGUGUAAAUGGAACUUUAAACUUGUCCAGGGCUAUUGGAGACAUGGAAUUUAAACAAAACAAGUUCUUGACCCCUGAUAAGCAAAUUUUGACCGCAAAUCCUGACAUAAACAUCGUGGAGCUUUGUGACGAUGAUGACUUUCUUGUUUUGGCUUGUGAUGGCAUUUGGGACUGCAUGUCAAACCAACAGUUGGUUGAUUUCAUCCGUGAGCAUAUAAACACAGAGGAAAGACUUUCCACAGUAUGUGAAAGAGUGCUUGAUAGAUGCCUGGCUCCAUCAACCAUGCGCGGCGAAGGAUGCGAUAACAUGACGAUGAUCCUGGUGCAGUUCAAGAAGCCGAUUACUCGGAACAAGGACGACAGUGGUGCAGAACAGUCAGCUGGAGACACAGAACGCUCCGAGACACAUGUGGCCGAGGAGAAUGGCUCGUGAUGAACAGGUAUAGUGAGGAAAUGGCUCUUGAAGCAUAGGCCUGAUGCUGGACCUGGCUGAAACGGGUGUACAAUGUUGCAAUGUACAUACCAACCAUGUGUCGAAUUGGCGUGAACGCUAUUUGUUGGCCCAUUGUUGUCUCUUUGUCUGUAACCCUACUCGCUGUUGUUUUCCGGUUGUGAUUUUGGCCAUCUGACAACACCUAACUGUACAUUUGUGAGUGGAAAUGGACAAAUGGUGUUGCAAUAGCUCAUUUUCUUCGGUCAAGCGGAUCUUGUGUUAA